CCCGCAGGUAGCCUAAGUGACCCUACCGGGCCCUGACUACAGAUCUUCAUCAAGUGCAACUCCAAAUCUUCUGUUCCCGUUGCCCGCCCAAGAUAAGACCGCAGUACAUUCCUCAGCAGAGCUGCGGGCAUCACACUACGCUUGCGUUCAAGCAAAGCAGUAUUUGGAUAUGGCGCCGUCCAGAAUCUCUCCCGAUCCGCCGUCGUCACAGACACCACAAGGGCUUACGCCUAAACAGAUCGCUGCCUUUCAGCGUGAUGGAUACCUGAUCAUACCAUCGUACCUCUCCCCGCAAACUUGUCAGACACUCUUGUCCAAGACUUACGAGCUGUUGACCGAGUUCCCUCUGGCCGACCAUCCCAUGACACGGUUUACGACGGGCACGGAUGAGGACGGCAACUCUACCUCCAAAAAACAUGUUGGGGACGAUUACUUCUUAUCGUCUGGUGACAAAGUGCGCUUCUUCUUCGAAGAGGACGCCUUUGAUACUCAGACUGGCGAGUUGGACAAGCCAAAGGAGCGGGCGAUAAACAAGAUUGGACACAAUCUACAUGGUCUCGUGCCUGAAUUUGGCCAAAUUUCUCAUGCUGGAGAGAUUGGAAGACGGAAUGCUGCUAUCGCAAAAGACCUCGGAUACAGAGAUCCAAGACUAUUACAAAGCAUGGUCAUAUGUAAACAGCCGGAGAUCGGAGGCGCGGUACCACCGCAUCAGGACAGUACGUUCCUGUACACGAAACAGCCGUCGGCUGUGGGCUUCUGGAUCGCACUCGAGGACGCGACGGUCGAAAAUGGAUGCUUGAGCUUUGCGCCUGGAAGUCAUCGAAGAGCACCCAUCAAGGAAAGAUUCGUCAGGGACUCAGAUAACUCAGGAACGACCUUCGUAUCUGUAUCGGAAGAGAACCAGUGGCCGCGGGGAUUUGAUCACAAAGAGGGUUCAAUCAAACAAGAGGAGUACGUGCUCGGAGAGGUCAAGGCUGGGAGUCUGGUGCUCAUCCAUGGCAACAUUCUGCAUAAGAGCGAGAAGAACACGAGCCAGAAGGGGCGGAUAAUCUAUACAUUCCACUUGAUUGAGGGAGAGGAACAUUAUGAUGAUAGGAACUGGUUGCAAAUACCGGGCGGGCCUGGAGAGUUUACCAGACUGGAUGGAAAGUCGUAGGUCAUAGGGCCACGGCAACUCCCGAAUCAUGAACUAUCUGGCAGCCAGAUAACUUCAAUAGAUCUGAGAAGCAAGUAUACGCAUAAAGCCUAUACUGAGUUGUUACCGAAUUGGGUAUCGAAAGUGCAGAGGUUGGGCAGCACGGCCUUUGCACGCGGCAUGAAUACGACAUGACAAGGUGACGUAGUCAAACUUUGAAUGGGACAAUUCCUCCAGCCCUCACAAUCCCAUCCCAUCC